GUUGUUCCCUACCUAGUCAAUUUGUAUCAUAACGGAAUUGGCGCGUGACUGUGCAAGUGCGAGUAUACCUAAUAUUUUAUUCUCGUGAAACCGAACUAGGAAUAUUUACCUACGAAAUCAUGUUUUCUGCAACUAGAAUAAGUAAUAAAUUGUGCCCUAAUAUUAUACUGAAAAGGAUUUCCAAUAACCUGCAGGAUGGAAAAAGCAUAGCAUCAUUAGCGUCACUAUCAGAAACACAUCAAUUACUGUACAAAACAUGCAAAGAUUUUGCUGAAGGAGAACUAAAACCUAUAGCUGCAAAAACUGAUCGUGAAAAAAUAUAUCCUAAAAAACAGAUAGAAGAAAUGGGCGAAUUAGGCCUUAUGGCUGUUUGUAUUCCCGAAAAUGUCGGAGGGACGGGUCUUGAUUAUUUGUCUUAUGCUAUAGCCACGGAACAGAUUUCUAGAUGCUGUGCUUCGGCUGGUACCAUAAUGGCUGUUCAAAACAUAUACGUCAACGCCUUAAAUAAUUUUGGUAAUGACAAACAGAAAGAAGAAUUCCUACGACCUUUUACGGAUGGAAAGCAAAUAGGUUCAUUUUCCUUGAGCGAGCCAGGACUGGGAAGUGACGCUAGUGCUGUAGCGACUAAAGCUACAAAAAAAGGUUCUAAUUAUAUAAUCAAUGGAACGAAAUCGUGGACUACAAAUGGUUUCGAAUCCAAAGGGUUAGUCCUAUUUGCAUCCACCGAUAAAUCAAAAAAACACAAAGGGAUCAGUUGCUUUUUGUUGAAAAAAGACUUUCCAGGAUUUUUCGUGGGGAAAAAGGAAGACAAAUUAGGCAUUCGAGGAUCGUCAACAUGCAGUUUGGUAUUCGAAGACUGCCCCGUACCCGAAGAAAAUGUCUUAGGCGAGCUGGGAAAGGGUUUUAAUUACGCCAUGAUAACUUUAGAUGGAGGCCGCAUAGGGAUUGCCGCCCAAGCUUGUGGUAUUGCACAAGCCUCAUUAGAACUAGCUGUUGAUUACGCGUCCAAAAGAGUCUCGUUCGGAGCGCCGAUCGCCAAAUUGCAAUCGAUACAGAACAAAAUCGCCGAAAUGGCAUUGAGAGUGGAGAGUGCCAGGCUUUUAACAUGGCGAGCGGCUUAUCUGAAAGACUCGAAUACGUCGCAUACGAAAGAAGCCGCUAUGGCUAAAUUGGCUGCGUCUGAGGCGGCUACGUUCAAUGCUCACCAGUGCAUACAGGUGUUGGGCGGCAUGGGUUACGUAUCGGAUAUGCCGGCUGAGAGGUAUUACCGCGAUGCUAGGAUAACGGAGAUUUACGAGGGCACGUCAGAAAUCCAAAGGAUAGUAAUUGCCGCCAACGUGUUUAAAGAGCACGGAGUGUAGACAAGAAUAAACGAGGUUAUAUAAAAGAGUUAUAUUCAUACCAAGCAAGCACAUCUCCAUUUAUAUAAUGAAUUUAUUCAAAUUCUGAUAAAUGGAAUGCUUAAAUAUACUUAAAGUUUAAAGACCAA